AUGGCUUUGACGCGUAGAUUCUACGACGAUGACUGGUUCGACCGUGAUCCAUUCUGGCGUGAUACGUGGAGAGAUCGAUUGGAACGGGAAUGGGAUGAUUGGCCGAGAGAUUGGCCCAGGCCCAGGGAACUAGUCAGUCGAGUAAGUUUACAAACUCUUCAGACCAAAUACAAACAAAUGACAAAGAGGUCGGGUGCGUGACUCCACAAGUACGUGGGUUAACACCUGCAAUAACACAGUAACUUUUGCUACCAAAACAAGAAGUUUUGCUUCUAGAAAAUCGUAUUUACUGUUAAUUUAGAUCUACUUUUAAAAAAAUAAAAAAAUAAAGAAUUAAAUUUUAAAACUUGCCUAAAGUAAUAUAACGAACCUUUGGUAUUACCAACUUUUCAAAAAGUGCAAAAACUUUGUAUAUUUUUAUCCAAAUAGCGACCUAUCGUACGAAGGCUGUAUUAGCAUAAAAAUCUCGAAUGAAUCGCCUUCUGAGUGCAAUAGCUGAAGUGAGUUACGUAAUCCGGAAAUCGGCUCACGAGCCUUCUGUGGGGGGAUUGAGGUGGAAAAUCAGAGCUGGAAACUCUUUCAUUAUGAAAAGGGUUCGAUUCUCUCAACCUUUGUCGUUUCAGUUCGGACGAGACUCGGACCGAUGGUGGAGGGACUGGCCUUCUGACUGGCCUCGCAUGGAUCAGAUCAUGCCCAAGGUAAGCUGGUUUCGAUUGUUUUUGGAUUUUUAAUUUUGUUUUACAUAGUAUUUGAUCACGUUUUCUCAUGAAAAGUGUCACAAUCUUUUAAAAAGCUAUAUUUGAUGGUCUACUGAGUUGUCUAUUGCCAGCUGACAACUCAGUAUACCACCAAAGCUUUGUCAUAACUUACUGUCUCUACCUAAAAAGCUAAAAGAAGAAGUUCUCACAAUUAAGUCAAGAUUUUAAGUAUUAGGUUUCCACAAAGUUCGUAUGUUUGCUAGAAUCCAAUUGAAACUUCAGUUGAGCACUCCAAGCCCCUUGUAGCUACGUAAUUCAAUACCGUAAACAGAGGAACGUUCCCUUUGACACCUCAAUCUGAGGUCGGUAAUUAACGUUUUUCGGUGUAAUAACCAGAGAUGGCUGGAAAAACAUUUUCGUCCCUUAAAUGUUGACGAUGAAUCACAAUAGGACUGUCCCCCUCCAUGAACAAUUGCCGUUUCCUUCGAGGCCCUGAAUUGAUUCUGGGCUGUUUGCUCAGUCUCGACCCGCUCUUCCGAACAGCGGGCGCCCCUUUUUAAUUCGAGCGCAUCUAACCCAGUCAUGCCGAGCGUUCACUUUCGGGACGAAGAUGUUUAUGAGAAGAAGUACUACCACAAGAUAAGCUCCAACAGUCCCAUUGCGAUUGAGAAUGGAUAUUACAAGCCCAGGGCUGAUCACUACAAGUCUAAGGAUGUAGAAUAUUAUAGACCUGACUCUACUAAGCCGGCUUCUCACGACGAUACCUUCAGUCCAUCUGACUUUAGCUAUGAAAAGGCUCGUAGUCCAUAUUCAGAUAGAACUAAUUAUCAUUCAGAUGAUAAGUCUUUCGAAAAUUAUCAAACUUUUGAUAAUUCUUACCACAAAAGCUACCACGCCCCAGGUAGACAACAUUAUCAGUCCUCUGAUAAGUCUGAUCAGUCUUCUGAUAAGAAGUCCACCUCUGACAAGAUUAACGAUCUGAAAUUACAGUUCUCUUCAAAUUUGGACCGCUUCGACAGCAACUGGAGGGACGACCCUUUCUGGCGCGACCUCUAUCCUCGCUGGGCCGAGCCCAUCUUCAAGGACGGUCUGGACGUUCGUACCAACAUCUCCAACGACCGUAACCGCUUCUGUGUCGACAUCGACGCCUACCAGUUCAGACCAGAGGAGCUCCAAGUCAAGACUCUCGACGACACUUUGCUGAUCGAAGGUCGCCACGAAGAUGUCAAGGAUUCUGACAACUACACCAAGAUGUACUUUGUCAGAAAGUACCAACUGCCUCCAGAUGUGCACCCACAAGACAUUACCAGUGCCAUUGACAGUUCCGGUCGGUUGACGGUGGAGGCCAAGAAGCCGUACGCUGCAAUUGAAGGACGAGAAAGGAACAUCCCGAUCGAAGGAGGAUCAGCCAGAGCCGGCUCCAGAGCCAGUUCGUAUGUGAGAGAUAGAAAUGAUUCUGGAAGAGUAUCGUACGACCAGUCGAAUGGUAUGUUUGUCUUUUUGUUCUUCUCGUUUUAGUUUUAUUUUAAGGUUGUUUUUGGUAGAUCCAUUAAUUUUGUCGCUAAUUUUGAAAAAUAUUGAUCUGGUGGAUUAACCAAAUGCAUCUGAACCUAUGUUAUAAUGGCUAAGGGUGAUUGUUAACCUUUUUUUGUUUUGACAUAUCCUUUUUGAGUUUGUAUCUUUUUUAUUUUUUGUUAAACGAUUUUAGGCCUAAGGCAAAAAAGAAAGUGUUGUGGAUUUCUUAGGAGUCUGCUUAAGCCAAAACCAAAAAUAGGACCAGUAGCACCAGUUAAGAGUGUUCAUUUCUAUUCCACUCCAGAUCUGCGUUAUCCUGAGAGUAAAUUUGACUUAAUGGAGCAGUGUACUAGGGAUAGUACUAGAGAUAUAGAUUACUGCGAGUACUGUAAUCGCGAUUACGGCAGAUACUACGAUGACAACCCAUAUUACGGUACAAAUCGCACCUCAAAUCUCUUCUCUAACUUAACAUUAUUUAACCACUUCUGUUGCCUAAUAACUUUUAACUACUGCCCAGUGUUUUGCCGGACCGGUCCGGAUGAGAAUUUUUUCGGUCCGGUCCGGAAAAAAAUUUUUUUAUUUUUAAAAAAAGCCAAGAGCGCUAAAACUGCUUUCUUUACGUUUAAAAACUCUUAAAAAUAUGUUUUAUUUGCAAUUUUUAAAACAGUUUUAUUAAAAUAAAAAAAAAUUUUUUUUCCGGUCCGGUCCGGCUUUAUUUUCUUUUGGUCCGGUCCGGACCGGACGGGUCCGGCAAAACACUGCUACUGCCUAUUUGAAACAAUCUUUCAAUCACCCUUUACUUUACUCCCACGUGUGCAGUGAUAUCUUAACUACACUUACCACUAACUCCUUAACACUAACUUUUUGUCUUUCAGGCUACCGUUCUCAAUCUAAGAACGGCGACUACCGUGGCUCUUCGUACGCUUUGAAUGAGCCCCACAACAACGGCUACAACAACGAGUACGUACACCACUCCCGUGAUGGUUCCGGUACUCAUCACGAAAGCCGAAGGUCGGCGUUCCGUGAAGAAUUCAAAGGAACCCCACCCCCACCACCACAAUUGUCAGUACCCGUAACCGAGAGCUACUCACGCUCCGCGUCACGGUCUUCACGUCGCGAAUACAGCUCAUCUGGAGCCGACUACAGAGCUGCAUCACCGUUCCGUGAGCCGCUACGUUCAUCGUUCCGAAACUCAAACGAUGACCACUUUUUGCGGCCUGCGCCCGAGCUCGGCGACUCUCGUUCUCGAUCUGGUUCCUCGAGAUCAGUCAGGAUCACCAGAAAGGAAGAAGUUCACUAA